AUGCUAUAUGUUGAUUUUGUUGGAGGUGUUGACUCAAAAAUUGUACCAAAACAUGUUGGACAAGCCUUGAACAUGAGAUUUGGUGCUAAGAUGGAUUACUGGAAGGCCCAUAAGACACUUUUACGAGCAAGGAAUUUGAUUCGAGGUUCCGCAGAGAGUGGAUACUCAGACCUGCCUACCUAUCUACACCAAAUCAGAAAAGCAAAUCCAGGAACUUUCACACGUCUAGAAGUUGAUGAGUUCGACAGAUUUAAGUAUUUGUUCCUAGCAUUUGGAGCUAGUAUAGUUGGAUUUUCCUACAUGCGAAAGGUGAUUGUUGUGGAUGGUACAUUUCUGAGUGGUAAAUAUAAAGGGACAUUGCUAUUAGCGACAGCCCAAGAUGGGAAUUUUCAAAUAUUUCCAAUUGCCUAUGCAGUCGUCGAUACCGAAAAUGAUGAUUCAUGGGAAUGGUUUUUCCAACAGCUUAGCAAUGUGAUUCCUGAUGACGAAGAACUUGCAAUAAUUUCUGAUAGGCAUAUAUCAAUUGGAAAUGCUAUUGGUAAGGUAUAUCCCAAGUCUAGUCGAGGUAUUUGUACAUACCAUCUUUACAAAAAUGUAUUGCAACGUUAUGGAGGUGGUGAAGCGUUUCGUUGGGUUAAAAAGGCAGCUAAUGCAUUUAGAAUGUCAGAUUUCAUUAAAAUAUUUGAUGAGAUAAAAGGUAUGAAUCCAGCGCUGCAUAAGUAUUUGGUAAAGGCUGAUGUAAGGAAGUGGGCAAGGGUGCAUUUUCCUGGGGAUCGAUACAACUUAACGACAACAAACAUAGCGGAGUCCAUCAACAAGCAGAUUUCUAGCUCGAGAAGCUUGCCUAUUGUACGACUUUUGGAUGCGAUUCGAUUGAUGAUGACAAGAUGGUUUGCAGAACGGAGGUCCGAUGCGAGUUCUGUGAAGACGACCCUCACUCGUGGAGUUGAGAAAAUGUUGGAGAAACGUGUAUUAUAUGCAAAGACGCUCAAGGUACAAGCAAUUGAUUCCCGUCAUGCACAAGUUACUGGUGGAACAUCUCUUCAUGUUGUUAAUUUAACUGAGCGGAAAUGUACUUGUCGUCGUUUUGAUAUUGAGAAGUUGCCAUGUGUACACGCACUUGUCGCAGCGGAAGCCAGUAACAAAUGUCGUAUUGCACUGGCACAUCACUACUUUCACAACAACGACUUGUGCAAGGGAUAUUAUACUUCUAUAAUGCCAAGAGACGAUGCUUCUGAUGCACCAGAGCAUGUUGCGAUGAAGUUAUGUUUGCCUCCAAUAGUGCGUACACCACCUGGAAGACCUAGGAAAAGGAGAUUCAAAUCAGCAUUGGAGAAAGCAUGUGACAAAAAGCGUCCUAGAAAAGAUUACACAUGCUCUAGAUGUCAUCAAAGUGGUCAUAAUUGCAAAACAUGUAAGGUUUCAAUUUAA